AUGGACCCUGCCGCACCCGCGCCCGCUUUCUUUGACUCUCUGCCGUACUAUGAUGACGAUCUGGAAAAGUAUCCGAUAUUGAGGGAGAGGGUGCAACAUGAACUCGCGGUCGAGACACAGAAGCUUCAGCAAGGCCAGAAGGGCAAGUUGCAUCCCAGCUUGAGCGAGGCGCGCGAAUUCUUCAAUGGGAGGCCCUUGAUAGAGUCUGAAAUGCAGCGCGUGGAGGCCAAACAGCCUUUGAACGCGAUCGACACCGCUCGCUUCACACUGCCCACACCAGGAGCGGACGCGACGGAGGAAGAGUGGAAGGCGGCGGUGGACAACGCGCGAGUGCAGCUGGAGCAUCAGAAGAUACGGCAUCAUAACCUGGCGUUGUUGCAGCAAUACGGCGCGAACGCGUGGAGGGUGCACAAUUACUUGCUGGAGGCGGAUGCGAAAGUGGCGGAGAAGCUUGCGGAGGGAGUGAAGGAGGAGACGACGGGGGUGAACCGGGAGAGGAAGAACGGGCAGACGCGGAUAGGAAACCAACUGACGUCGCUGGAGAGCCAAUGGCAGCAGAGCAUCGGGAACAAUCUCCAGCUGACGAUGGCCAACGCGGCGCUGGAGGCGGAGACGCACAGGCUGAGGAUGCGGGAGCAGGAGCUGUCGAGUAUGCUGUACAAUAAGUAG